AUGGCCGACCUGGAAUCCUCGGAUUCAGCUUCCAAUGCUGUACCUGGUGUCACAGGAAGCUAUAUGGGCAAUAGCCUAGCGCUGAAAGCGACCGUUAUUUUCUGCGCGGGCCUGACGAUUUAUAACGCCAUUGAGCUUUUGAUACUUAUUUUCUCGACCUUUUCACGCUAUGCCACUGUUUACUUCUGGAGUCUUCUUAUCUCGAGUCUUAGUCUGAUCCCUUAUUCUUUGGGCUAUGCUUUCAAAUUCUUCGGAACCCUGACAGGGAACGCGAAGUGGGCUUCUCUUUCGUUGUUGACUAUCGGGUGGUAUGUUAUGGUCACAGGCCAAGCCGUUGUUUUAUGGUCUCGACUACACCUUGUCGUUACGGGUGGCAGUGGAAGCAAGAUCCUUUUAUACACCAAGUGGAUGAUUAUCUUCAAUGCUAUCUUCCUCCACAUUCCUACCACUGUGGUGACCUUUGGUUCAUUCGGCGAUCUUGACACCAACAACUUUGUCAAAGCUUACAACGUUGUGGAAAAGUUUCAAAUGACAGGCUUUUUUGUCCAAGAGACAAUCUUGUCAUUGAUAUACAUCAUCGCGACGGUGAAACUUCUCCAAGGAUCCUUUCGAGAAAAGAGCCGUCAGCGCAUGUACUUGCUGGUUACUAUCAAUAUCGUUAUCAUCCUGCUGGAUGUGGGACUUCUCUCAAUAGAAUACGCCUCCCUCCUGAUUCUCGAAACCAUACUCAAAGGUGUAUUCUAUUCGAUCAAACUCAAACUCGAAUUUGCGAUUCUCGGUCGCCUCGUCAGCUUCGUCCGCAGUGGUCAAAGAGGUGCCGUUGAAUGUGCUAGUGAUAACACUGGUACUAGCUCGUUCUCGGGCCAGCGAACACAGACUUCUCAGACAAGAUCGAUGGAUCAGGGCUUGGAAGAAGGACAUACUCGACAUCUAGAAGAUAUGAGUCAGACUCAUGAUACUACAUGUGUGCCUCGUCGCCCGCCACAGUCACAAGGGUCAUCCGGUUCACAAAUACCAUUCAAGGAGAUGAUCUCUGAGAAAUAA